AUAUCAACGUGGUUGGCGGUUUCUACUCUACUAUAUAUAUAAAACGACUAAGUCGAAAAUCGCGUGUAUUCUAUUCUAUUCUAUUUGCUCAUCAUCCUUAAUUAAUUUCGUCUCUUUCUCUCUGUUUUCUUCUUCAAAUCACAUUUUUCACAGAUUCAUUCAUUCAUUCAGAUCUCAAUUUUCAUUUGAUAGAAUAAAACGAACGAUCUCUCUCUCUCUCUCUCUCUCUCUCAUAAAUGGCGACGGUUUCACCUCUCGCCAAAUACAAACUCGUUUUCUUAGGCGAUCAAUCUGUUGGCAAAACCAGCAUCAUCACCCGUUUCAUGUACGACAAAUUCGACACCACCUAUCAGGCUACUAUCGGUAUUGACUUUUUGUCAAAAACAAUGUACCUUGAAGAUAGAACUGUUCGUUUGCAGCUUUGGGAUACUGCAGGUCAAGAAAGAUUCAGAAGUCUCAUUCCAAGCUACAUAAGAGAUUCUUCUGUUGCUGUUAUUGUAUAUGACGUAGCUAACAGGCAAUCAUUUCUGAACACAAACAAGUGGGUUGAGGAGGUACGUCAAGAACGUGGCAGUGAUGUUAUCAUUGUCUUGGUUGGAAACAAAACUGAUCUUGUUGAGAAAAGACAAGUUUCUAUAGAGGAAGGAGAUGCCAAGUCCAAAGAAUUUGGAAUCAUGUUUAUAGAAACCAGUGCGAAAGCAGGCUUCAAUAUCAAGCCUUUGUUUCGUAAGAUUGCUUCAGCCUUGCCAGGGAUGGAAACUCUUUCUUCUACAAAUAAGGAAGACAUGGUUGAUGUAAAUUUAAAACCCACAGUGAAUAAUUCCAAUACAGAGCAACAGGGAGGAGGUUGCGCAUGUUAAAGGAUAUUCUCCUAAGAAUCAGUAGAUAUAUAUGUUCACUGAGUAUUACUUGGAAUGACUGCUUAAAUGUAAAGUGAAGCGGAGGAAAAGUGCUUUCACAUCAAUGAUCAGUUAAUUGGUGCGUGGGACAAAUUGCGGUAAUGGUUUUGAUGUAUGACAAAAAGAUUGAUAUUAUUUUUUCAUUUGUUAUACAAUUAGUCCCUGGAUGUAAGAAUACAGGUAAUAAACAAGCCCUCUAAAUUGUCUGUCUUAGAUGUAUGCUAUCCUUUCUUCUCUUUUUGUCAAAUAUUUUAUUCUUGAA